AUGUCAGUGCAUGCUUCACGUGUGCCUCCCAGCACAACUAUAAGGGACAUCACACAGGCGGAGUCAGUGUAUUUGAAUAAACGCCACUGCACUCGAGAGAACAACUUAAUGGAUACAUUUUUCAGACCCGUGCAUCCAGAUCAGGACGCCAGAAAUCACCCGAAAACUGAAAUGUGCGACCAUCCAGAAAAAGAACACAAACAUGGAAAGGCCAGCAGCACCAAAUCUCAAAAAAUGAGGCAAAAUCAAGGCAAGCAUCACCAUCACCAUUACCACCAUGAGUCGGAUGACAAUGGUCAAGAAGUCCACUCAGGAGAGCACAGCGUUGUCAGUGAUCAUCACCCGAACCACCGAAGUCAGCACGACAAUCCUCCUCACGCUCGCCAUUACACCCACAAGCAAAAGCGACGUCAUGUCUCUGCAUCCUCAUCGUCUUUAUCCUCAUCAUCCUCUUCUUCCUCCUCUUCUUCCUCCUCCUCCCGCUCCUCCUCCCGCUCCUCCUCCCCAUCUUCUUCCUCCUCUUCUUCGUCUUCAUUUUAUUCCUCCUCAACAACGUCUUCCUCCACUCUGAGCCCGUCCAACAGCAGCGAGGGUUCUGAUGGAUCUCCUCUUAGAAAGCCGCUGCAUUCUCAGUCUUGCACAGAGAUUUCUGGGAAACGCAGGCACUUUGAAGAGGAAGAUGACACAGCCCCUUUGAUAAAUAAAAGAGGUAAUCAGAGCAGAACAUCUGCCAAAGAGAAACGAGAGAUGGGCAGGGUCUCUCACAGAGGCUCUGCCAAGGGAGCUGUGAAGAACAAAGGAGCAAACAAAAGAAACUCGCGGAAUCAAGGAAGUUUCCGUAAAGCCAAAUCAAUGGAAAAUCUCCCAAGAUCCAAAGACAGAGGUGGGAAUGGAAAUGAGGAUGAAUAUCAACAGGAGAGAAAUAGUUGUGAAAGAGGGAUGGCAGCACAGAUAAAUCCAGACAGCAGAAAAGCCGUCCUACCAGCGCUGAGUCAAUUAGCUCCAGCAAGCACUCCCACACAAGCAAACAUUCCCACUCUUCUCGACAUUCUUCCCACCAUCACAAUCACCAUUCAACAAACCCCGUCCAUCACACACAUCACAGGUCAAGAAGCUCUCACUCAUGUCCUCAAAGUCCCGAGCAUCAUUCCAAUUUGCCGCCCCAGAAGCACCACCACCAUCAUCGUAGCUCUGGUCAUCAUCACAAAGACAAAGGCCCAAAAAAUCAUCAGAACCAUGGAGAUCAACACGUCACAAGCCUUCAGCAUCGCCACAAACACCAACGCAGUCCUGCCUAUCAACAUGGAGACCACAGCCAGUCUCCUCACAACAAAGAAAACCACGACUCAUCACACCACCAUGAAUAUGAAGACAGCCGUCAUGAAAACUGCUAUAGCCCGACUCAUCAUCAUGGUGAGCACCACAGCCUUGCCCGUGACCAUCACCCAGAAGCCCACCAUGACCAGGGUCAUCAGCAGGGAGAUCAUCAUCAAAAUUACCAUGCAAACUCUCGUCCGACCACGCCACGUCACCAUGAACACCACAGUUCGUCCAGUGAUACUGAGGAUUGCCAUGGUCCAACACAUCACCAUGGAGACCACCACAAAGACACUCAUCAGCACCAUGGAGAUCACUUAG